AUGGCAAGAAGGAACGAUCGCGCUAUUGCUGACGCAUUGCAAGCACUAGCUAAUGCGAUAGCAAAUCAGAAUAACCUGAAUCAUCAAAUUGGAGGCGCUGUUGAUGGAUCCCGUGAUCUGAGCAGGUUCCAAAGAAAUAAUCCUCCGACCUUUAAGGGGAGGUGUGACCUAGAAGGUGCUCAGAGUUGGCUGCAAGGUAUUGAGAAGAUUUUUAGAGUGAUGGCUUGCUGGGAUGCUCAACAAGUUUCGUUUGGUACUCACAUGUUGUUUGAGGAGGCAGAGUAUUGGUGGAAUAGUGCUCGCCAAAGGUUAGAGGCUUCAGGAACUGCUAUUACUUGGGCUACUUUCAAGGGAGUGUUCCUUGAGAAGUAUUUUUCGGCUGACAUCUGUAGCAAGAAGGAGAUCGAAUUUCUCAAACCGAAGCAUGGUAAGAUGAUAGUUGUGGACUAUGCUGCCAAGUUUGAGGAGUUGUCUCGGUUCUUCCCUCAUUAUAAUGAGGUAGAAUCUGAAGGAUUUAAGUGCAUUAAGUUCGAGAGUGGAUUGCGUCCAGAGAUUAAGCAAUGCAUUGGUUACCAGGAGAUUCACCAAUUUUCCACUCUAGUCAACAAGUGCAAGAUUUAUGAUGAAGACAGUCAUGCCAGAUCCAGUCAUUACAAGAGCAUCAGUGACAAGAGAAGUGGUAAUCAUAAUCGUAACAAGCCUUAUAAUGUUACAAAUGCUAAGGGAAAACAGAGGUUUCAACCGAAGACUGUUGGUGCAAAGACUCAAAUUGGGGGAGGUGCUCCUACUCUUGUUAAGUGUUUCAAGUGUGGAGUACUAGGUCAUCAUGCUCUAGAGUGUACUGCUUUGAAUUGUUACCGAUGUGGGAAGGUUGGUCACCGUGUUGCUAAAUGCAAAAGUGUUGUCGUAACCUGUUUUAAUUGUGGAGAGCAAGGUCAUAUUAGUACUCACUGUCAAAAGCCCAAGAAGAUUGCGGAUACUAAAGUUCAAGGGAAGGUUUUUGCUCUUAGUGGUGCAGAUGCUUCAAAUUUCGAUAAUUUCAUAAGAGGUACAAGUUUUAUUAAUGGAAUUCCUUUGGUUACUAUUAUUGAUACGGGUGCUAUGCAUUCGUUCAUAUCUGCUGAUUAUGUGAAAAGGUUGAAUCUUGAGGUGUCUUAUAUGAAUGGUCGUAUGGUCAUUGAUACUCCAGCCAAUGGCUCAGUGACUACUACAAUGAUUUGUUUGCAUUGUCAUGUGACUAUUUAUGGUAGGGAUUUCAAAAUUAACUUAGUGUGCUUACCUUUAAGUCAACUCGAUAUUAUCUUGGGUAUGAAUUGGUUAAUAUUCAACCGCGUCUACAUCAACUAUUACAACAAGUUCGUGCUUUUUCCAGAGUUUGUUAUAGAGGAAGAUUCUAUGUUUAUUUCUGCUAGUUAA